AUGUCUUCAUAUAGUUGUAUUUCUUGCCGAGUGUCCUUUGUUGAUAGUGACAUACAAAGGGUUCAUUACAAAAGCGAUUGGCAUCGUUACAAUUUGAAGAGAAAAGUUGCCGAAUUACCGCCUGUGACGCAAGAAGUUUUUGAGGAGAAACUUGUCCAACAAAAUAAAGAACUUCACGAGCAAAAUAAAGAUACAUCACGGUUUUGCUCUGUUUGUCACAAGUCAUUUUCAAAUCAAAAUGCUUUUGUGAAUCAUAUGAAUUCAAAGAAACAUAAACUUGUUGAAAACAAAAAUGCUACUGGCACGCCAAAUAAUGAUGCCCAGAGUGAACGAAAAGGAAAAAUUAAGAAUAUUACUGAUGCUGAUAAUGUUGAAAAGGAUGCUGAUGAUGUAGAUGGUGGUGAUGAUGAUGAAUGGGAGGAUGUUGGUGAAGAAGAAAUUGAUGAUGAUGAGUCAGAAGCUAUUCCACCAACAAAUUGCCUUUUCUGUCACCAUGAAAGUACAACACUGGAAGAAAACCUGCACCAUAUGACCAAAUCACAUAGCUUCUUUAUCCCAGAUAUUGAUUAUGUAACAGAUCUUGAAAGCUUCAUUGUCUAUUUGGGGGCUAAAGUAGGAGAUGGAAAGAUGUGUCUUUAUUGCAAUAAAAAAAGCAAAACCUUUCAGUCAGUUGAAGCUGCACAGAAGCAUAUGAGAGAUAAAGGUCACUUAAAAAUUGACUAUGAUGGGGAUAGUGCUUUGGAGUUCUCAGAUUUCUAUGAUUUUAGUCAAAGCUACCCAGACCAUGUACAACAUGAUAAUAUUGAAGAGAAUGAAGAAAUUGAAUCAGAAACAGGGUUACAGAUAGAUAGCGACACGAUGGAGAUGAUUCUGCCUUCUGGUGCAAGGGCAGGUCAUCGUGCAUUAAAGCAUAUUUACAAACAGAGCUUGCCGCCGGCUCAUUUGCAAUUCAGGAAAGAGAGAGCGAUGAUCAAAGGCUUGAAUAUGCAGUACAAAGCCCUUGGUUGGCAUGGUACAGUAUCUGUGGCCACUCGCAAUCAAAUGUCCGCCCAGAAAGUCAGAAAUAGGCAACGUAGUGGCGAUUACCUCAAGCUGGGAAUGAAAGCAAACAAAUUCCAACCUCAUUUCAGGCCUCAAGUUAUAUUCUAGUUCUUUGAAUGAAAAUGUAAAGCGGGUUGCAUAUAAGAACUGUUUGAUCAUAGGCAAACAAGACUUUAGAAAAUCAACUGUCUUCUCCCUUUGAAAGCUACAAUUACAUUAUGCCUGUAAGCUAUCGUUGAAUUUCGACUUUACUGUCGAGUACACAAUUUUCCUGACAAUAUUUCACAUUCUGUUGAGCCUCAAUUCUCUUAGCAAGUUUGAAUUUUGGGCCAAAUAAUUUCAUUAGAUUUGUCAUAAGCGACACCACACAGUAUGAAUUUCUCCAGUGUUUUUUGUAAAAUGAAAUAUAUAUUGCCAUAUAUUUUCGUCAACUCGAAUGAA